AUGGCGUGCCACGAUUGCUAUGGCAGGGCAGCACAACGCGGCGCAUCUAUCCGUGCGCGCGUACACCUGCUGGCUCCAGCCGCUCACUUCUUCGCAGAAAUGGCCUGCGGGAAAAGAAAAUGCCCCGGGAUUUUUUAGAAAAUCUAUUUUUAGGUCUUUGAGAUUUCUUGGCAGUAAAGGCACUCGAAGGAAACUCCCGCGCGGGGAAACGAAAAGAAAACCACCCUGCUCAGAGAUUUGCGCUGAUUUGCAGGCGCCCGGCAGAGAGAUCCAACUGGUUCAGUCUGGGCGAGCCGCUCCAAGAAGCCAGGAGGCUACGUGUGCGAGGGAGCGUAAGCUUUGCGGCUGGAGAAAGAUCGCACAGGGCAGGAGAGCAGCAGCGGUGAAGAGAAAGCUCCUGUGUAAGGGAGGAAUCAGAUCGGCGCGGCUGAUAUCCCGUAAACAAAGUGCUACAUGUCCGUCCCUUUCUCCCUAGCCAUUGCAAAAUAGUCACAAUAAUAAUCCUUCCCACUGUUCAGGUAUCUCCCAGGUAAAAAGCAAACUUUGCUUUCUCCUAGUUGAAAGCAAACAAACAACUGAUAAAUAUUUGGCCAGGAGUUUAUUCCAGCCUUUACAGUUUGGACGUGUUGGUCUUUCCUCCGAAUAUGAUUACUAAGGACAACCCAAAGCUCUGGGUUAAGAUUAGCUGGCUCACUAAUCGCGCUUCUUUGAUGAUAAGGCACGACUGGCUUGGUCGUUUCUCGCCGCCAAUUCUGUAACUAUAACCACUUCCACCAAUAUUUUGGUGGAUCUUGGCUGUAAACUGCAGCUUGCAGUAUAAACAUAGUUCGGGAGGGAGAGAGGAUCGACAGGGAAUAGGUCUGCCAAGAUUGCUUCAUGAACCUCCAUGUGCAGAGGUACUCUAAAUCUGGGUAACCGGGUGCUGGAGGGCAAACAACGGGAGAAGUCCGUCGCGCUCCUGCCCUGCAUAGGGGCGCUUUCUUUUCUUUUCUUUUUUUGCAGAAGCCCCUACUGGAAAGAGAAUGAGAGACCAGUUUGACCUGGCUGGUUCGCUCUAGCGGGCUGACUAAGCUGAAGGCCCAGCACCCGCGCCAGGGCAGCGCGGCAGCUCCGCUGGAUUUCGCCGGGGGCACAACUGGUGUCACUCGGGGGGCGGCGUAUGCCCGUUGACAUGCCUGACCCCAGGCGAUUCCGCCGAGAAGCGGUGCAAAGUGGCCUCGUUUCCAAGCGUCGCCUGCCCCCCGCGGCCUGACUAAUCCGCACCCGAAAGUCAUACCUAGCCCCGCCCCCUGCCCCCCCACCUCCCAGGCGCUGCUCUAUAAAAGGGCGCAAAGUUGAGCGCUGAACAGUCAGUAGAAACUUCAGUGGCGCGCAGGACGGGCUCGGAGCAGAGGAGCUCUUGGGAGGAACUGGGAUACCUUUAUAUUUUGGGGAUUUACCGUCAAGCAAGGAUCCAGUGUGCGCACAGCCGGACUUCAGUGGAUUAUCUUCGCUAUCAGGUCUGCGCUUUUCCUCGCUCGUUAACUGGAUGGGGAAAGAAGCACGCAAGGAGGGGAGGGGGUCGACAGCAGAGCUGGCAAAGUUUUGCGUCUUUAGCACAUGGGGGGGGGGAGUUCGGGUUACAAGUCAGCGGCCCCGCUUUGGAAACUGGAGGGACUGGCGCGGAGUGAAAGGAGUAGCGCUUGAGUUGAUCUCCGCGCCCCGCGGUGUGGGGUGGGAGAGGGGGAGAGAGCGCAGCCGGCUUGAGAGAGCGCUGCCUGCAUCGAAGGGCAUGAGAAUCAAGGUGUUGUUCGUGACGCGCUGGAGCCUGGGAAAAGGGGAGCUUAGCCUUCACCUUUCUGAGCAAAUCGAAAGCUUGACAAAUGUGCACGCGGGAGACGAGGCCCCCUGGGUCAGCCUGCCGUGAUGAAUGGCUGAGCAAAUACUGGACGCGAGCGUCACGAGUCCCCGGUGCUCCGGGACAGGGCGGCGGAGGGAAGGCAGAAGGAAGGAGCACCCCUCCCGGGGACCCCUAGUUAGUUGCCCCCCCGAGCAAGGCGAGAGAGAGAGAGAGAGAGACGGUGCGUGUGUCGUUGCGCGUCUCGCCACCACCCCCGCCGCCCUUUGGAGGAGGAAAGGGCUGCUAACACCCCCUCUUCUCUCCCUGGCCAGGAUGAAAGUGGUUUCCCUCGCCCUACUCUACCUGGGCUCCGUCUCCUUCUUCGGGGUGGAGGCUGCCAAGCUAGACAUCGCGUCGGACUUCAAGAGAAAGUAAGUAGCCGUCGUCGGAGCUUAUCCCACGGGGGGAGGCAACAUCUUCGAGGGCGCCGAGGGAAGCGCAGAGCGGAGGCUUCGGCUGGAGCGGAGGGCGCAAGGCGCUCCGCCCCCGGUGCUCCUCCUCCCCGUGCCCUCGCCGAGACGCCUGCGCUGCAACCUGCCCUCCGAAGGCAGGAGUCCCCUCGGGCGGGCUGGCUUUCUUCCCCCUCAGCGCCCCCUUCCUUCCUUCCCUCUCUCACCGGCCUCCCCUGCCUCUCCUCAGGUGGAGCAGCUGGCGAGCCCGGCGGGACGGGCCAGUGCCACCGCUCACCGCGGCGCAGGCGGCGGCCCUCGGAGAAGGCAAGAGUCCCGCAGGCAGUCAGGCAGCAGCAGCAGAAGCAGCAGCAGCUGAGCACAUGCCGGCGCUCACCGCGGCCCAGGCGGCUGCCGGAGUGAAGAGGCCCACGCGCAGCCUGGACAGGUAAUUAUCUGACUAUUAUUAUUCUUCCCUCAUGGGGCUAUUACUGCUGAGGCGAUGGCUGGAAGCAGCUUGUUGGGGGGCGGGGAGAGUGAGCGGCGCUUUUGGCGGGAGAGCGCAGGCUGGGCUGCGGGGAGGGCGCGCAGAGUUCCCGCUGGGGGACGUCCCUUCGGAAGGGGCCCAAAGCGACUGACAGCAGCGCGAUGUUAAUCAUACGUUUGCUGCGCUCGGCGGUUUAAGGACUGGAAACAAACCACGUGGUAGUGGUGGGGGGCGGAAAAAGGGAAGAGGAAAAUGCCUCGGUCCUUGUGAAAUAACCCCGGCUGGGCUAGCUGCCCUUCUGAGGCGACAAAGCUGCUCUUCCCCCUGCCACUGUUUCCGUGGAGCUGCAGCUCCCAUGAGCCCCAAUGGGUAAGGGACGGUGGGAGCUGUAGUCCCGUCCAGCCAGGCGGCUGCGGUUUCCCGCCUGACCUCGCUGACUCCCGCCGCCUUCUCUCUUCUUGCUUCCUCCGCAACAGCCUUCGCGCGAAGAGCAACCAGGCGCCCAACAUCCGGAACUGGAGGGAGAUGUGCGGGUUCGGGACGUGCACGGUGCACAACCUCGUGCACAUCAUUCACCACUACAUGGACAAGGACAAGGACGUCUCCGCCCCUCCCGAGAAAUUCGGCCCGCAGGGCUACGGCCGCCGCAGGAGGCGCUCGCUGCUGAACACCGCCGCCGCCGCCGCCUCCUCCUUCAGCGGGAGAAGCACACGGACAGCGUCCCGCCUGCUGGCCUUGCUGCGGGAAGGCGGCUCGGCUGGGGCCCUGGCCCAGCAGCCCUAG